CCGCUUUUUAUUUUCCUUACCCCUUUUGUAGGGAAUCUCUUAGUUUGAUGAGUUGUAAAUUAGAUCAUCCUGUUGUUGUCUCUAUUGACUUUGGUAACUACAUUUCACUUUUUAACAAGGUCUUUUUCUUAUUCAUUAUUGUAAACAAACAGGGACAACCUUCUCUGUAAGUUGAUGAUUUAAUAAAGAACUAUGCAUAAACAAUAUUAACUCAAACACAUUUAUGCAGGGUUGCUGUUUCUGCCUAGCACAGAAUUCUGAUGUAGACAUUAAUGCAAUCACGAAAUGGCCAAAAUACAAUGGUUUUUAUGCAAAAGUUCCUACAUGUUUAUACUAUAAAAAUAAAAACAAGGUCUUAGACUGGGGAAAAGGCGCGAAAUUACUAGCUUUAAAGCCAAGCCAAGAAGGUGUAUUUUUGCAAUACUUUAAACUUGCGUUGGUGCAGGAUGACAUUCCAUUACCUGAUGGUAAAACAUCAGUAGAUGCUGUAUCAGAUUAUCUACGACGUUUUCACGAGUACAUUUGUGAAGAGAUACAAAAGACAACAGGAUUUCAGAAUUAUAGACAGCACCAAUAUCAAUAUUGCUUAACUAUUCCCGCUAUCUGGUCUGAUGAAGCAAAGGCAUUGAUGAGACAAGCAGCUAUAAGGGCAGGCAUGAUAACUGCAGAUGAUCCGUUAGAAAGGCUCAAGCUUAUAAGUGAGCCAGAAGCAGCGGCAGCAUACUGUGAAAAUAGAUACAAUUCUUUGAGUUUAAGAAAUGGGGACAUAUUCAUGAUUGUUGAUGCUGGAGGAGGCACAAUUGAUUUGGUGACUUAUCAAAUAGAGGAUAUCAAACCACCAAGGAAGCUAAAAGAAGUGACCAAAGGACAUGGUGGCAUGUGUGGAAGUGCAUUUAUUGAUCAAAACAUGAGAUUUCUCUUAAGGACAAAGCUAGGCAGUAACAUAGAAAAGGUGUCAGCCUGUAUGUAUGAAACAAUGAUGGACAACUUUAUAGAACGGAUAAAACCUAAUUAUCGAGGGGACGAAGAUCAAUAUACGUUAGAAGUACCAGCUGCUGUUUCUCAGUAUAUUCCUGCUCAAUUUUUGAAUGAUAAUGGUCACAUGAUUUUUGAUAAAGAUGAACUAGAAGACUAUGUAUUCGGUCCUGUUUUAGGUCAAGUUAUUGGCUUAGUUAAAGAACAAUUGACACAAGUUGGUUGUUUUGUUAACUCUAUCUUUCUUGUUGGAGGAUUUGGAUCUUCUUCAUAUCUUUAUGAAGCUUUAAAAAACAAUCUUGGUCCAGAUGAAGUUGGAGAGAUAGCUAUGCCGCCACGCGGAGAAUUAGCGGUUGCUGAAGGAGCAAUAUAUCAUGUACUUGGACCAACUUUAGUGACAAGCAAAAUAUUACGUCGAUCAUAUGGCAUAAGAACACGGCUUCCAUUUGUAGAAGGAAUUGAUCCAGAAUCAAGUGCCAUUAUCACAAGUGAUGGAAUAAAAAGAUGCUCGACACGAUUUGAAGUCAUUGCGAUGAAAGGUGCUCGUAUUGGUGCUAACCAAACAAUGAGACGAAGCUACUGGGUAGAAUAUCCAAAGCAUACCGAAGUUGAUCUAUACGCUUGUGACGACGACUCAAUACCAAGAUAUAUUACCGAUAAGAAAGUAGUGAAGCUCAUUGAACUUCCUGUAAAAAUGCCAUGGCUUUCGAACGUAGAGAAUGGUACUAGAGUGGAUAUUACUGUGAGUUUUAUUUUUGGGCUUACUGAAAUCAAAAUUGUUACAACUAUUGCUGGAAUCACUGCUGAGCAUGUGUUAGAUGCAAAUGACUUUUACGCAUAAUAUGGAAAUAUACAACAGUUUUACAAAAUAAAUAGAUAUACAUAUACUAGACAAAAAGAAGAGUAAAGAGAAACAUAUAUAUAUAUAUAUAAGCUAUGAUAUCACUGUGAGAUUGUGAUGUUACAAUGAGUAUUAUAGAUCAAGCGUGUUUUUACGGAGUGAGAUGCACAAGAGUGUCUUUUUGUAUAUCUUGAUAUGCAGGAGGAGGCAUAUCAGGUUCGUCGAAAGGGUUAUUGACUGCUCCUUCGUCUAUUGCUAUCAUAAAGUUAGCUUAGUAAAUGGUGUAUUAUUAUCAAUGAUCUGUUGUACCUCGUUGAUGAUGUGUGAUUGUAUUUAGUCUUCUUGAAGGAGGAGGAGUAUUGACCAAUAGCUGCGGUGAUGAAUUGCUAUUGUUUGGUAAUUCUGAUAGAAAGGGGUUUGUACGAACUUCUCCGA